UAAUCAUCGUCGGAGUUACCAACUCAAACAAAGAUGGCUAUGGAAGCAGGCGUUGUCGGAGCUGUAAUGGUAGUCGGGUUCUUCAUUUUGGUGAAGAAUGUGUUGAACGAGAUUUGGUUGAAACCCAGAAGGAUCCGAUCCAUGCUUCUCAGACAAGGAAUCACCGGACCAAAACCUUCUUCUAUCUUCUCCGGUAAUCUUCAAGAAUUGCAAAACAUUCAAUCUUCGGCAGACAAGAAUUAUCACUCGUCCUAUUCCCAUACUGGUUUGCCUUCGGUUUCCUCCAUCUUCCCUUAUCUCCAUCAAUGGGCUAAACAAUAUGGGUCAAUAUACAUGUAUUCAACAGCAAAUAAACAGCAUUUGUAUGUAGCCAAACCAGAUGUAAUAAAGGCACUGAACCUCAACAAAUCCAUGGAUUUGGGUAGACCUAAAUAUCUGUCCACCACCACACAGCCUCUGCUUGGCAAUGGUGUUGUAAGAGCUAAUGGUCCUCACUGGGCUCAUCAGAGAAAGAUCAUUGCUCCUGAGUUCUUCCUCCACAAAGCUAAGCAUAUGUUAGGGUUAAUGGAGGAAUCUACUAUGGAAUUGAUAAAAGCAUGGGACAGCCAAGUUAAAGAGCAGGGUGGAGUUGCAGAUUUAAGUGUUGAUAAAGAUUUGAAAAGUGUAUCCGCUGAUAUUAUCUCAAGAGCUUGUUUCGGAAGCUCUUACUCUCAAGGCAAACAAAUUUUUUCAAAGAUUGAUCUUCUUAUAGGAGCUAUCGCGAAACCUAGUAUGCUUUUUGGAUUCUCCAACUUCAGAUUUCUUCCGACAAAGAGCAACAAAGAAAUAUGGAAUUUGCAGAAACAAAUAGAGACAUUGAUACUAGAAAUAGUGAAUGCUCGGCGAGAAGAGAGACAAAGGUCCACAAUGUCUGAAAAAGAUUUGUUAGAAGCAAUUCUUGAAAGUGCUGCUAAUAGUGAACAACUUAAGAAUGCCCGUAAUGCAGAUCGAUUUAUUAUAGACAACUGCAAAAACAUCUAUUUCGCCGGCCAAGAGACCACUGCUCUGUCUGCCUCCUGGACUUUGAUGCUCCUUUCAUUACAUCCGACAUGGCAAGAUCGUAUUCGAGCUGAAAUUGUGGCAAUAUGUGGUGAUAAUCUCCAUGAUUGCUUGCUGGAUUUGGACAAGCUUCAUCAGUUCAAAACGCUGAAUAUGGUGAUUCAAGAAAGCCUACGACUGUACGGUCCAGCAGUAAUGGCAGUAAGAGAAGCUUUCGUGGACACGAAGCUAGCAGAUUUAACAAUCCCAAAAGGAACAAACAUUUGGAUAUUAUUGACAGCACUUCACCGGGAUCCUGAAAAUUGGGGUCCGGACGCCGAUGAAUUCAAGCCGGAGAGGUUCGCACGGGGGAUCUCUGAAGCUUGCAAAUAUCCACAAUCCUACAUGCCUUUUGGUAUGGGGAGUCGGCUGUGCUUAGGACAGAGUUUUGCAAUGCUAGAACUCAAACUACUUCUCUCUCUCAUUCUGUCAAACUUCUCUUUUUCUCCGUCGCCGGAGUAUCGCCACUCUCCGGUCUAUAGGAUGCUAUUAGUGCCUGAGCAUGGUAUUAAUCUCCUUGUAAGGAAAGUGAAAAAGGAGGAGUAAUUAUGUACAACUAUUAAUGGCGUCUCCUUUUUACUUGCAGAUUGGAUUUUGUAAGUAAUUAAUUUAUUUUCUUCUCUAAGUUUUAAAUUUUAAAUA